GGCGCUGCUGUUUCCUGAUUGAGAGACGGAGGGGAUGACGCAACCACUGUUCAGUGGACGCAACGAGGGGGAUUUAAAGAGGAGGAAAGGACCCAAAUGAUGAAGAAAAGUGGGAUGAAACACGUGCUCCUGCUGGGUUCAGGCUAUAUGUCUGAACCUGUUGUUGAAUAUCUGAUUCGUGACGAGAAGAUCCAGGUCACUGUGGCAUCGGUACUGAAAAAGCAGGCAGAAGAUCUUGCAGCCAAAUAUCGCAACACCACUGCCGUCCUGCUGGAUGUCAGCAGCCAGGAAGAAUACCUGGACUGCUUGGUGCAAGAUCAUGAUCUGGUAGUCAGCAUGCUGCCUCAGGCCUUACACUCGCUAGUUGCCAAGCACUGCAUCAAAAGGAAAGUGAAUAUGGUGAAUCCUAGCUACAUAAAUGCUGCCAUGAAGGAGCUGCAAAGCAGUGCACAGGCGGCAGGUAUCACCAUUUUGAGUGAGAUGGGGCUGGACCCAGGCAUUGACCACAUGAUCGCCUUGGAGUGCAUUGACCAGGCCAUAGCCGAUGGCUGCACUGUGGAGUCAUACAUCUCAUUCUGUGGCGGUAUUCCUGCACCUGAAUGUUCAGACAAUCCUCUUCACUACAAGUUUAGCUGGUAUCCUUACGGUGCCCUUCUCAGCACUACUAGACCUGCUGUCUUCCUCAAGGAAAACCAGGUGGUGAAUAUCCCAGAAGGUGGUUCUCUGAUGGAUGCCGCAACUGCAAUGGAUUGCUUUUCUGAUUUUAAGCUGGAGGGAUUUCCUAACGGUGACAGCACAGUAUAUGCAGAGUUGUACGGCAUCCAGACGGCACACACUCUGAUCCGAGGCACACUGCGCUUCAAGGGUUUCUCAAAGGCCAUGAGCAGCUUUGUGAAGCUGGGUUUGAUUGACAGCGAGCCCUGUGCAGCACUGCAAAACACAGCCACUCCUGUUUCCUGGAAGGAGCUCAUUUGUAAGAAGAUGGGAUGGUCCUCCUCGAUGCCCAGUGAUGCCUUUGAAAAGGCUGUUUAUGAAUGUAUUGGAAAGGAUGACUUCAGGAUGGACACCCUAAGAUGGCUUGGGAUGCUGAGUGAUGAGUGUGUUCCUCAUGCAGACAGUGUUCUGACUGCUCUGGCGAAUCACCUGGAACCCAAACUGUCCUACAGUGAGCCUGACACAAAUUGGUCAUUUCAGCAUGCUUUGAUUGAUUGACUGUCAAUACACAAAAGGACUAUUGUAUGCAGAGUAGCAUACAAGAAAAGCACAAAUUUCGUCUGAAAUGUGGCUGUAGAAACUGCAGACAUGGACACAACUGGUGAUACAAAAGGAAUGUGAGAGUUCCACCCUGAAAGUUGCUGCGUAUUGUGUUGGAAUCACUAAUGUGCAUAGGCAGAUCCAGCAUCAGACACAGAUUUGUGGAGCCCCUUGCAUUGCUCUGAGGGAGGCACUUUUUUUAAGGCCAUAAGUGUAAAAUCCUAUUUAAUCAGGGGUUUCUCCCCUGGGAUACUUAAAAAUUUGAACUGUUGAAUAUGCAAUUAUAACAGUUUGAGAAGGAAAGAGCAGCUUCUCAUGUCUGACUCAUGUGAACAAAGCGCAGGUCUGUAGUGCAAGUGCAGGCUAAAUGCAUGCGAGCGCAGUUUAAAUGCACAACGCAGCUCAUACCCAAUGUGAGUUUUCUGUAACUGUGAAAUUCACCAUUUCUUUCACUCUUUCAUUCUCUUCUAGGGCCCUCCAUAGUCCUUGAUUAAAGAAAUGCCAUAUAUCCAUCUUUUCCUUCAGCAUAGUU